GAGUCAAACUGUGGGGAUUUUGGAAAGGAGGGAGAGGAGAGGAGAGGAGAGGAGAGGAGAGGAGAGGAGAGGAGAGGAGAGGAGAGGAGAGGAGAGGAGAGGAGAGGAGAGGAGAGGAGAGGAGAGGAGAGGAGAGGAGAGGAGAAGAGAGGAGAGGAGAGGAGAGGAGAGGAGAGGAGAAAAGAGGAGAAGAGAGGAGAGGAGAGGGAGGUAGAGUGAUAUAUGUGCUGUGUAGAUCUCAGAUUGUGAUCGGUAAAAUAGGCUAAAGCUUUCUUGGUGUUGUCUGUCCAUUUACAGUAUCAAUCCAAAGUAGAAAAGGUCAAAAACAACUUGAAUCCAGCUCAACUAUUGUUAUUUUGGGAUCCUCUAAAGCUUUUUGUAGUCUUUGAACAAACACACUGUAUCAGGUGGGAAGAUUUGUGAGCAGAUUGGGUUUUUGUUUCCUGUGUGUUUGUGAUUAUAUAAAGCCUAUUCACACCAACCCACAGACACAUAGGCAAACACUUGUGCAUGCAUACACACACACACACACACACACACACAUGCACACACACACACUAAAGUGAGAACAAAUGGCUGUGUGUGCAUAAUUGGAAUUGCACUUGAGAAUUCAGUUUGUCUGAUUAUCUGUCUGAGUAUGUUUAGCUUUUGACCUAAACUGCACUGCAUUGCAGAUUCCUUUCCACCUCUCUUUUGUUUCUCUCGGCUCAAAAGUUCAUAUUCCAUCAAAAAGCAAUUUCGGGAACGUUUCGCCUGUGUCACUCGCUGCUGCGUUUACAAUGGAUUUGUUUCCCCACCUUACUCCCAUUUUCUAAUGUGCUUAUUUCCUUGUUUACAGCAGCACUAGUUCCCUUCAUUGUGAGGCUGAAAUCCAUCAUAACCCAUGGUGUUACCUCAGAUUUGUAUUACUAAGGAACCAGGCUCUGUGUGCCGGCUACAGGGGUUGGGGUUUACCCACUAGGAUGUAAGUAGCCUUGUCCAAGCCAAAACGGUCUGUAAGGCAGGAGCCUAUCUCCUGUUUCUGUAGUGCUAAGCAGCUUGAUGUUCAAGUACACCACCUGGACAGGAUGCUAGUCUAUCUCCUAAAUACUGAGUGCCAAGCAGAUGAGCAUAGGUCCCACUCUUUGCAAAUACUUGACCGGGGAUUGAACCCCCAACUUUCCAAUUUCAGGGCAGACACUCGAACAACAAGACCACUGAGUUGGUUCUUUAGUAUAAACUGUGUUAAAUAUUAAACAGGUUGUUUCCGGAAUGAACUGUUUCCAUUUUGGUAGACGUGGCUGCAGUCAUUUUGUAUAUGUCCAUGGAUUGUAAUGUCACCGAAAAUUAUAUGAUUUAGAUCAAAUGUCCCAACAUGCAUUCUGGAUGAUUGCUGUCAUAUCAAUCCUCCCGAGUGGCGCAGUGGUCUAAGGCACUGCAUCGCAGUGCUAGCUGUGCCACUAGAGAUCCUGGUUCGAAUCCAGGCUCUGUCGUAGCCGGCCGCGACCGGGAGACCCAUGGGGCGGUGCACAAGUUGUCCAGGGUAGGGAAUGGCCAGCAGGGAUGAAGCUCAGUUGGUAGAGCAUGGUGUUUGCAACGCCAGGGUUGUGGGUUUGAUUCCCACUGGGGGCCAGUAUGAAAAUAAAAAGAAUGUAUGCACUAACUGUAAGUCUCUCUGGAUAAGAAUGUGAACUAAAAUGUAAUGUCAAUUGUUAUGUCCAUAAUACCUGUAAGUCCAUGGGAGACAGAAAGAAUGUAACUGCAGCCACACCUGAUGAUGGUUGACGUGUGUCCUGUGGCUGGUUUCUUUCUACAUCAUCUCUAAUUUCUGUCUCUCUCUCUCUCUAUUCCUGCCUCUCUCUUCCUCUCUCUCUCUCUUUCUCUCUCUCUUCCUCUCUCUCUCUCUCUCUUCCUCCCUCUCUCUCUCUCUCUCUCUCUCUCUCUCUCUCUCUCUCUCUAUCUUCUUCUCUCUCUCUCUCUCUUCUCUCUCUCCCCCCCCCCUUUCUGUUCUACCUCUGUUAUAGCAACACACUAAUGCUUGAAGGGACAAGAGAAAUAACUUCAGUCAGGAUUCAGGACACAUCUUUUGUGUGUCAAUAAAUUACGGGAAAAAAAAUAACCCCCAGUCUUUAUUCCAAACCAGCCGUACAGUUGGGUCCUAUCUCAUAUGCCUUACAAGGUCCAUAGUGGCUGGCCAAAGGAAACCGCCUCCGCUCAGAAAGGACCUAUUAUUAGCUACUUCCUCAGAACCAUUUCAGGCAGGUUAUCGCCUGGAAAUGAACAAGAAGGAUCCCCCUCCCCCCCACACACACACAUUCACAGGCCACACACACACAAACACACACACUCCACUAGCACAGUAACAAUAGGACUUCAAAUAUUAAAUGAUCUUGCCUGCUUGUACCAGAUCAUUGAUCCACUCCAAUAGAAAGAUGAACACGCAGGAUUACCAUUCUAACUGGUUAUUGUGUGGUUGUGCAGUAGGCACUUGUUUUAGUGGAAGUGCUCUAUUUCAUCAUUUUGUCUCAUACGUCAUGCAGUGUAGUGUGUGUGUCUGGGGGUGUGUCUGCGUGCGUGUGUGUGUGUGUUUGUGUGUGUGUGUGUGCGCGUAUCUGUGCUUGCACACGUGCGUGUACGCUCUGUCACAAACAUGUUCCAUAUAGUAAUGAUGGCUGCUAAUAAGUAAACACACCACAUUCCCUCCUAGCUUUUCAAGUUGUAUUAGGCGUAUUUACGGGAAACACAUGGUAUACACCGUCCAACAAAAUGCUUACUUCUCGGCAAUGCAACAACAAUAAGAAAUGUAUUAAAGCCUACAGUAUAAUGUUACAUGUCUGGCUGUGGGGGCCCUGAUUAAAGCCUACAGUGUAAUGUUACCUGUCUGGCUGUGGGGGCCCUGAUUAAAGCCUAGAGUACAAUAUUAACUGGCUGGCUGUGGGGGCCCUGAUUAAAGCCUACAGUAUAAUGUUACCUGGCUGGCUGUGGGGGCCCUGAUUAAAGCCUACAGUAUAAUGUUACCUGGCUGGCUGUGGGGGCUGAUAAAAGCUGCUCCUUCUUCUCUGAUGCACUGAUUUCUCCCAAUCUAUCUGCCACCCUCCGCAGACUCCUCUAAUAGCAAUAGGAGCUUUGCAGCUAUCCCAUAACACCACACACACAGAUGCGCGGAUGUGCACACACACACACACACACACACACACACACACACACUCACAAGCGUAUGCCAACACAUACACAAGCGUGCUAUCUCCGCCCCAGCACCCCUCCUACUCAUGAUCUGUCAGAUCCCUGCUUCUUAAAGCCACCUUGUCCCUGACCCCUCUUUUGUCUGAGCAGUAAUACAUGGAUGGGAUAAGAUAAUCUAAGCCUUGGCCCUCUUCCUCUUCCCCCUGCCUCCCCUGUCUCUGGGUCCUCAGCCUCACGGCACAGGGCUGUUAAAAAAGAGGGCUGUCUUUAAACUGCCUAUCACACCGUAUCACACCGCGUGGAUCAGGCCCGACCAGGGACCUGGCUCAGGGAAGAGGAGACUGUCAGCAGCAGACGGAAAUGACUUCAGACACCAAGUGCAGGGAGCGUCAGAGUCACAUCCUAGAUGCUGCUCCCUCCUCGGUGCCGUCUGAGCAGCAUCCUUCCCCUGGCUAAUACUGUAGUUGUGGAGCUCUCACAAUAUUACAUGGCACUUCCUGAGUCCUGAGUGUCUGGUAUUCACUGCCAACAAUGUGUGUGACUCUUACUUUUAGGACCCACACACAUUUCUCAAAGUGGUGCCAUGCACUUUCUCUUAAGAGCAGUCAGUCAGUUUUAAUGUGAUGUAUUUCAUUUACACUGAGAGAAUUGGACUGAAGUUGAACCUCGGGGGGGGGGGGGGGGGUCAGAAGCUCCUUACUCUAAAAAGUUUUCUCUCCCCUGACGUGCCCCACCCCCCCGCCCAUACACACACACACACACACACACACACACACACACACACACACACAGUGAGGUAAGAGUGAUGAUGAAGAGGGGCAGGUUGAGCGGAGGGAGUUCUUGUCUCGAACACAAAUUCACAUUGUUCCUGACACUGGUUUCUUGGAGAUAUACACUACCGUUCAUAAGUUUGGGGUCACUUAGAAAUGUCCUUGUUUUCGAAAGAAAAGCAAAUGUUUUGUCCAUUAAAAUAACAUCAAAUUGAUCAGAAAUACAGUGUAGACAUUGUUAAUGUUAUAAAUGGCUAUUGUAGCUGGAAACGGCUGAUUUUUGAUGGAAUAUCUACAUAGGCGUACAGAGGCCCAUUGUCAGCAACCAUCAGUCCUGUGUUCCAAUGGCACGUUGUGUUUGCUAAUCCCAGUUUAUCCUUUUAAAAGGCUAAUUGAUCAUUAGAAAACCCUUUUGCAAUUAUGUUAGCACAGCUGAAAACUGUUGUGCUGAUUAAAUAAGCAAUUAAACUGGCCUUCUUGAGACUAGUUGAGUAUCUGGAGCAUCAGAUACUCAUAACUGUUGUGAUUUAUUCAAAAUAUGACACUAGUUAUAUCGUCAUAACAUCUAGUGGCGCUGAGUGAAACGGUGCAUGGGGCAUUAAAUAAAUCACACUUGGCUGCUGCUGCGGCUGCUUUAUGCACCACUCGCCAAAGCUCCCCCUCUGCAAAAUGCAUGAUGGGUAGCAAUACAUCUGCUUUUACUGGGUUUUGUUCCAUUAACUCUGAAUUUGAUGGUUAUUGUUCAGUGUCAGAGCCCAGAACCCUGAUCCCAGGCCAUGUAGUUGAGCUCCGAGCAGCGACAUGAAAAUUAAUAAUAACUCAGGAAGUCUAUUCUGUCAGUUCCAAUUCCAGAUUUUCUUCUGAGCCCUCCAGAUUGUUUACAUCUAUGGUAUCCAGGCACAAAAUGCGAGGCAGGAAGCAGAACACAAAAGCGACUAAUCAUGUUUCAUGCAAUUUACAUCCAGGAUAUGUCCAUAUUGGUGAACUAGUACUGUAUGUAAAUACAUGUGAUCAAAUGUGAUGUUAUACAUGAACUGGAAAUUAAGUGUGCGUAAAAUGUCAAAAAUAAAAGGUUUGACAUUUUUAUUACCCUGGCCAUAGACCGUCAUUGUCACAUGCACUUUCCAAUGGUGUUGUUUUGUUCUAUCCAUUUCUCCACUCUCUCCAUCCUGUAGCCGAGUGUGGCUCAUCUGUCAUAAACAAUGAGGGGAUUAUGUUGUCGCCGAACUACCCAAUGAACUACGAGAACAACCAUGAGUGCAUCUACAGCAUCCAGGUGCAGGCUGGGAAGGGAAUCAACAUCUCUGCCAGGACCUUCCAUCUGGCACAGGGGGACAUUCUCAAGGUACUGGGCUCUCUCUCUCUCUCUCUCUCUCUCUCUCUCUCUCUCUCUCUCUCUGUCUGCUGGAGUGUAUGUGUAUGGUACUCCUGUGAUGGUCAAUGACACUUAAGCAUGUGGAUUCUGUCCAUGGUAAUAAGCCUUGUCUGCGCCAGAUAAAUAGUGCCAUGGAUUCUUAAUCUCAUCAAUGGCCUUAUACUGGCUACGGUAGCCUGGAAUCCAACUGAAGUGUAACAACAUGUUACCUCAAGAGCAGCUCUCCUUGAGUGAAGAAUGGGCAUCUUUAACAAGGACCUACCCUCUCCAUAAACCAUUAGUACCACUCAUCUGGUACAUUUUCAUUAAACAGUGAUAAUAAUCAGACUAAAAAGGCAAUACUUUACCCACUUGACAUUACAAUGGCCAAUACUAAACACGUUCAUGAAACAAAGACAUACUUUGCACUGAACAGAACUGAACUAAAGUGAACUCUUCUCUCUGCAGAUCUAUGAUGGGAAAGACAGCAUGGCCCAUGUCCUUGGGGCGUUCACAGGCUCAUCCAUGCUGGGUCUAACCCUCAUUAGUACCUCAAACCACCUGUGGCUGGAGUUCUACUCUGACCCGGAGUCCACCGGAGAGGGCUUCAAGCUGGUCUACUCUAGUAAGUUAAAAAACAGUUGGAGUUCAGUGGUUCUGGUAACACGUAUUAUAAUGUAUAAAAAUAAGGGGGAAAAGACACACACUUUAAUGGGUAAACUUAACCAACAUUUCUACCCUGAAGAAGGCACUGCGUUGCCGAAACGUUGGUUAGGUUUACCCAUUGAAAUUGUUGGGAGCAUUUAUAAAGUGUGACUUUCUUUCCCUAUUUCUACACAGUUUACCCUCCAUUAGUCAGCACCUCUACAAACAUUUUGGGGUGUGCAUCAGCUCAAUGCCUUUUUACUGCACUAAUUCUAAUAACUUUAAUUAACAGGUGGUUAUUAGGCAUGUGUUAAUGAUUUGCUGAACAAUUGUUUACUUAUAAAGGAUCUAUUAAUGGCUUAUUAAUGAACGUUAUUAUAAAAUGUUUCCAUGGUUCCUAUGGAUUCAGAGGGGGAUGGGGGACAUCCUAUGAUUGAUGAUUUAGCUAGGACCCUAAUAUAAGUCUUCCUGUGGGAGUGGGACAUGGGCUGUAUGUGAAAGUAGCUGGUCAUGUGAUGUGUUAUGUUAUCUUUGUCAGGAUUCCCAAUCAUAUUGAUAUUUAUAAGAAAUAGAGUGUCAGGUGUUCACGCUAGAUAUAUAAUCAGAUCACGAGUUAUUUUCCCACUACGAUCAGUCUUUCCAUCUGCCUUGUAAAACAAGUAGGAGUUAAAGGGGCGAUUGCUUCAUAUAUUAUUUUGAUUGUUUUAACUGCAGAUUGCCCCUUUAAAGGGCAUUAGAAUUUUGUUGAAAGCCAGGAGUGGAUUUCAAGGGAAUAUACCACAGCUUGGUCCAGGGUAUUAUCAAUUACCUGAAAAAGAGCUUCUACACUUGUCUUUGUCGACCUUGUCCUAGCCCCCCCCCACACAAAACCAGACUAUGUACCACCGCAGACACAUUAAAAACCACACACAUUCAUCUUUAAUACCAUUUGUUGCGCUAGCUGGUAGCUAGCCUGUGUAACAUUGGACAGGGUGUUAGUCCUGAGAGAGAAAAAACCCUAUUAACCCACUGGUGGGCAAUCUCAUUUUACAUCUACUAAAUCCGUGUCUGGUGGGAGAUUUCAUUCCACCUGCAAGAUUAGCUGUUUGAUUGCAUAAUAAAGGUCAGUGGAAGCCCAGGGCUAAGUCCCAAAUGGCACCCUAUUUCCUGCAUAGUGCACUACUUUUGACCAGAGCUCUAUUGGUUAUCCAAUGGGCCCUGGUCAAAAGUAGUGUGCUAUAUAGGGAAUAGGUUGUCAUUCGGGACAGUCAGAAGCAGGCGGCAAGGCCAGCACAGUUCAGCCACCACAAUGGUUGGAGUGUGAUUAAAAAAUAAAAACAACUCAGUCUAAGUCUUUUCCCGACCCAGACGUUUGUUCCCGGUUGAAUGCUAUGAGACAAUGACCUGUAAUUAAUGUGUAAUCAGUGUGCUAGGUGAAAAUUGCCACUGUUAGUCAGUCCCAGUACCCUCCUGCCUCCACCACACACUAUGUUAAGUGCAGUCAUGGCAACCUUGUUUUUCUCUCAGUAUAGUACAGUACCUUGCUGUCAUGGUAACUACUAAGUAGUCUAUGUGUGCUGUGCCAGACAUUAUCAUGUAUUCCCAUGUUCAGGGUGUACUGUUAAUUGGAGGAGGGACAGGUGGAGCAAAUGGAACUGGGUUUUGUAUUUUGAAAGGUAGCUGUCAUUGCGAUGAGGAGAGGACAGAGGGAUACGUCUCAUUUUAGCUUGGUUGUGUUCUUCCUCAUAUCAGAGGGCAGAGUUCAAACCUGCAAAUAUGAAAUUGUCAGCUGCGCUAAGAUGUGUGGUGGCAUUUUGAAAGACAAGAAGAAAGGGUCAUAUAAUUAUUUAUUUCCUAUUUCUCUUAGUUCGCUGUGUAAUUAUGAUGCUGUGUGAUGAUGAGUCUGAAGGAAAAUAUUAUGAGAAGAUAAUAAUGGGAAGUGUCUCUCACAGAGAGCCGGCCCACGCUCCUCCUGUACCGACCGAAGGUUCCAGACACAUCUCAAAAUUAACCAAGCGCUAAAUCCUAAUUGUUCUGCCUGCUUAGUACAGGCCCCAUCCCUGUCUGCGGGCCCAGUGGGAUCCUCCAGCCAAAUUGUCAGCAUUAAUGACUGAUCAUAAUGACCGCUCCUAACUUUCUCUCUGAGCCUCAAACGACAUACAGUACCAGUCACAAGUUUGGACACAUCUACUUAUUCCAGGGUUAUUCUGUAUUUUUUACUAUUUUCUACACUGUAGAAUAAUAGUGAAGACAUCAAAACUAUGAAAUAACACUUAUGGAAUCAUGUAGUAACCCAAAAAGUGUUAAAGAAAUAAAAAUAUAUUUUAUAUUUGAGAUUCUUCAAAUAGCCACCCUUUGCCUUGAUGACAGCUUUGCACGCUCUUGGCAUUCUCUCAACCAGCUUCAUGAGGUAGUCACCUGGAAUGCAUUUCAAAUAACAGGUGUGCCUUCUUAAAAGUUAAUUUGUGGAAUCUCUUUCAUUCUUAAUGCGUUUGAGCCAAUCAGUUGUGUUGUGACAAGGUAGGGGGGUAUACAGAAGAUAGCCAUAUUUGGUAAAAGACCAAGUCCAUAUUAUGGUAAGAACAGCUCAAAUAAGCAAAGAGAAAUGACAGUCCAUCAUAACUUUAAGGCAUGAAGGUCAGUCAAUACGGAACAUUUCAAGAACUUUGAACGUUUCUUCAAGUGCAGUCGCAAAAACCAUCAAGCGCUAUGAUGAAACUGUCACGCCCUGACCUUUAUGCCUGUUGUUUCUUGUUGGUUUGGUCAGGGUGUACAGUCUAUGUUGUGUAGAUCUAUGUUGGCCGGGUGUGGUUCCCAAUCAGAGGCAGCUGUCGAUCGUUGUCUCUGAUUGGGGAUCAUACUUAGGCAGCCAUGUUGCCUUCCUAUGUUGUGGGAUCUUGUUUCUGUGUGUUUGGCUUGUUUGAUGUUAGCCUUUAGAACUUCACGUUACGUUGCUUUUAUUGUUUUGUUCAGUGUUUAUUUAAUAAACGAACAUGUACGCAUACCACGCUGCACCUUGGUCCAAUCCUGUAUUCAACGAACGUGACAGUUUAUUUAGAAUUCAAGGCACACUUAACCAGCAUGGCUACCACAGCAUUCUACAGCGAUAUGCCAUCCCAUCUGGUUUGGGCUUAGUGGGACUCUAUCAUUUGUUUUUCAACAGAACAAUGACCCAACACACCUCCAGGCUGUGUAAGGGUUAUUUUACCAAGAAUGAGAGUGAUGGAGUAUUGCAUCCAAUGACCUGGCCUCCACAAUCCCCUGACCUCAACCCAAUUGAGAUGGUUUGGGAUGAGUCGGAACGCGGAGUGAAGGAAAAGCAGCCAACAAGUGCUCAGCAUAUGUGGGAACUCCUUCAAGACUGAUGGAAAAACAUUCCAGGUGAAGCUGGUUGAGAGAAUUCCAAGAGUGUGCAAAGCUGUCAUCAAGGUGGCUAUUUGAAGAAUCUCAAAUAUAAAAUAUAUUUUGAUUUGUUUAACACUUUUUUGGUUACUACAUAAUUCAAUAUGUGUUAUUUCAUAGUUUUGAUGUCUUCACUAUUAUUCUACAAUGUAAAAAAUAGUAAAAACUAAGAAAAACCCUUGAAUGAGUAGGUGUGUCCAAACUUUUGACUGGUAGUGUAUAUGCAACGCAAGCAGCACAGAAAUAAGACGAAACGACAGAUCGGAAUGGUCAUUGCACUAUUGACCCAAAAAAGAAGAGAGGAUGCAAUAAACGUGUGUGUGGUCAAAUCAUAUGCCUCCAUGCCUGUGUGCUUGUGUCCACCCUAGCGAAGGUAAAGUUUGUGUUAACAUUACAGACCUGGUUUCAAAAAGUAUUUCAAAGCUGAGCUUGAUCCAUAGGUAAUGGAUGGAACCAAUUGAGUAGCCCCAAAAAGUGUGAGCCCCGGCCAUGUGGAACUUUAGGCAGGCUCAACCGAAUGCUCCAAUCCUAUUUGAACCCAGUUGUGUGACAUUGGGACCUUGUCCUACACUUGUCCUCUUCAUGUGUCUUCUUUCUAGGGAGUUUUUCCUGGCUACUGUGCUUCUGCUCGUUCGUUGGAGUCUACACUCUUAGAAAAAAUUUGUUCAAAAAGGGUUCUUUGUGGAGGGAUAUGGUUCUACCAAGAACCAUUUUGAUUUGAAGAACCGUUUUUGGAAGAAAGUGUUCUUUGAUGAUUCUUUGGAAGGCAAUCAUUUUUGGAUGGAACGCAAGAAGGGUUCUUUGGAAGGCAAGAAGUGUUUUAAAUAGAGCCAUAUUUCCCAGCAAGCUCUAUUUCAGGGUGAUUUUCAAAAUAGUUUUUAAAUAUCUGUGUUUUUGCAUGUACCAUGAUUGGUUGAUUAAUUUUAUGCUACACAAAGAUAAAUAACAUACAUUUUUCUAAACAAAUUCAAUCUGUUAGUAGUUAUACGACUUAUUGCACCCGUUACUGGGAUGGUUGUUCCAGUUUAGAUGAUUGAGGUAGUCUCAGUAUUCAAUCUCCCUACCCUGGCAGUCAUUCUGAAUGCAGGUUGCGGGUGAUAAAAAAAUCCUAACUCUGGCUGGAUGCCAUUACUUUGCAAGCCAGCCUAAUGUGACUUGCAGGCCUGAUGUGGCCUGUAAACCAGGAGUUUCCUAACACUACUGUGUUAGGGUAUAACUAGGCCCUCAAAGAAAGGCCUUAUGAUAUAUGUAAUUAUUGUCAUAAAUCAUUAAAUUUUAAAGGCUGAUGGAACCAUUCAUAGACGGUUCUAGAAAGAACCCUCUAAAGAUGAAAAUGGUUCUCGGUAGAACCCUUCAUAGAGGGUUCUAGCAAGAACCUUUACAUGAUAAAAUGGUUAUUGGUAGAACCGUUUGCAAAGGGUUCUACCUAUCACCAAAAAAGGGUUCCCCUAUGGCAGGGAUCAUCAACUAGAUUCAGCCGUGGGCCAAUUUCUUUCUUGAGCGGAUGGUCGGUGGGCCGGAACAUAAUUACAAAUAAUUUGUAGACUGCAAAUUGACCUCAAGAAGCCCAAACAGGUAUAACGUUUGGGGGAAAAACCAAAGAACCCUAUAUGGUUCUAUUUAGCACCUUUUUUCUAAUAGUGUAGGCCGGGUUACUGUAAAGCCCUUUUUGACAACUACCCAUGAGAAAGGGGCUUUAUAAAUACAUUUGAUUGAUUGCCCCCCCCACACCUCUCUCUCUCUCUCUCUCCUUCAAUUCCCCCUUUGUCCCCCCCCAGGCUUUGAGCUAUCCCACUGCGAGGACCCCGGGGUGCCCCAGUUUGGCUUCAAGGUCAACGACCAGGGACACUUCUCUGGCAGCACCAUCACCUACAGGUGCAACCCUGGCUACACCCUGCACGGCAGUGGAAUGCUCAAGUGUAUGACCGGAGAGAGACGUGCCUGGGACAACGUCCUGCCCUCUUGUAUCGGUAAGGGAACUAAGUAAAAAGGACUGUGCACGUGUGUAUAUACACGCGCACAAGUAAGCACUCACACACAUACUGUAUGCACACAGCACACGCACGCUUACGCACACGCACACACACACGCACACACACACACACACACGCACACACAACCCACACUGUUAAAGUCCUAUGGUCAGGAACAACUGACGUCUCUAAACAUAGUGGAUUGGUAUACGGCUCCCUUCAUCUAUUUUCAACUGCUAUUAGCCCACAGUGCCUCUCCCAGUUAACCUAGCAUCAGUACAGUACUGCAGCACAACCCAAGCCCCUCCUCUUCUCUCUUUAUGUCAAGUUAACCACAGAAGAAUAAGUAACCACAGGUACCUCCCAUUUGUCAUAAUGAUCUAAGCUGCAGCCCAUGCCCGUCGCCAGCUGCAUAAUGUAUUAACCAGGCUAGGGGAGUGCAGACCAGACCAGACCAGACCAGGCAGAGCUCCUGCAGGUCAUUGAUAUGCUGCAGGAGAACAACCUGCACUGCAGGCUGCAGCUAUGUAAUGUCUGUUAAUGAAGAGGGUUUAAUUCAGCCUUAUGUUGCAUUAUGUCCUCUUAAUUUAACUUUGUCUAAAAAUGUGUAGUGCUUUGCAUUUCUUAAAGUGAAUACAAAUGUAUUGGUUUUUUUCUUUUCUUUUGAAUGAGGAAUGUCUUGGAGAGAUUGGUGUAUGUGAGAGUUGGAUUAAACUAGGCAAUACAGAUUGGAGAUAUAUUCACUCUCCGAGGUGGAUUGUACAGAUUACAUUGGGGUUCAUGGUUGGAAGUGGGAAUUUGUCCUCAUUGGAGAAGACACAUGAUGGGUAUUGUGAUAGCUAUCGUUUGUUCUUUGAUUAUACUGAUUUAUCCUAAUUAGAUUAGAAGAUUGGUGCCCUCAGUGACUUCAGAUCAGAUUUGAUCUCACUAUGAUUCAGUUUUAUCUAGAUCUGAUUAACCCCAUUGUCACGAUCGUCGAACAGAGAGGACCAAGGCACAGCGUGGAAUCCGAACAUACUUUUAUUUUUAAUGAUCACACAAACAAAACGAUACGUGACGUCCUUGGCAAUAGACACUAACCAAACACGGAACAAGAUCCCACAAACACUGUGGCAAAACAGGCUACCUAAGUAUGGUUCCCAAUCAGAGACAACAAGCAACAGCUGAUUCACGUUGCCUCUGAUUGAGAACCACACCGGCCAACAUAGAAACAAAUGAAUUAGAUAAACAACCUAGCACACAAAACACAUAGAAACAACCCACCCUGGCUCAACAUAACAGAGUCCCAGAGCCAGGGCGUGACACCCAUACUUCCUGCCUUAUCAAUCUCUCACACUCAAUCCAAUAUUGCUCCCCAUCCUGUCAGUCUCUUAUAUGAGGAAGAGAUACAAUGUACACUAGGACCAGCCUUUACAAAAAAAAAAAGUAACAUUUGGAGUUUCACAUGUGAAAUCGCAUUUUCACAUGUGAAAUAGCUGUUUUCACAUGUUGAGCUUAAACUUAACAUGUGAAACCAUAUUUUCACUUCUAUUCAAUUUAGAGUUCAUGUUAACACAACAUUUUCACAUGUGAGAAGAAAAACAUGUUUUCACCUCACAUGUGAAUUGCAGUUGCACAUGUGAAAUUUGCGGAAAUUCGGAUAUGCAGUUUCACAAACGUUUUAAUGUGAACAUAUCACAUUCAUGUGUUUAAUAGCACAUUUACAUGUGAAAAUCUAUCACAUGUGAAAAACUAAUUUUUUAGAAAACUCCAUGUAAAAAUGUCACAUUCACAUGUGGAAUUGCAAGUUCCCAAGUGAAAAACAAUCAUAUGUGAAAAUCUAAUUUGCAGUUUCACAUGUAAGAAAACUCCACAUGUGAAAGUUAGACUUAGUCUCUGGACUUAAAUACUAAUUAUGCUUUAUAUCGCAUAUGACCAUAGCAAUUCAAUUUUUUAAACACCAUACUAGCCCUCCCAAAGUACCUCCCAUAUGGAUACAUAUUAUGUCCCAGCAUAUGAGCACAUAGUCGUUUUAUAUACAGUAUAUAGCUUCCUGGAGGAAAUGUAAAGACUGUAAAUAGCUUAAUAUUAUGGGGAUUAUUCCAGCCAACAUCAAUAAAAAAUACGUAAUAAUCUGACAGAUAUACAGUGGUGUAAAGUAACAAAGUAAAAAUACUUUGAAGUACUACUUUUGGGGUAUCUGUACUUUACUAUUUACAUUUUUGACUACUUUUACUUUUACUCCACUACAUUCCUAAAGAAUACAGUGCCUUGCAAAAGUAUUCAUCCCCCUUGGCGUUUUUUCCUAUUUUGUUGCAUUACAACCUGUAAUUUAAAUGGAUUUUUAUUUGGAUUUCAUGUAAUGGACAUAUAUUACAAAUUGGUGAAGUGAAAUGAAAAAAAAUAACUUGUUUCAAAAGAUUGUAAAAAAUAAAUAACAGAAAAGUGGUGUGUGCAUAUGUAUUCACCCCCUUUGCUAUGAAGCCCCUAAAUAAGAUCUGGUGCAACCAAUUACCUUCAGAAGUCACAUAAUUAGUUAAAUAAAGUCCACCUGUGUGCAAUCUAAGUGUCACAUGAUCUGUCACAUGAUCUCAGUAUGUAUACACCUGUUCUGAAAGGCCCCAGAGUCUGCAACACCACUAAGCCAGGGGCACCACCAAGCAAGCAGCAGCAUGAAGACCAAGGAGCUCUCCAAACAGGUCAGGGACAAAGUUGUGGAGAAGUACAGAUCAGGGUUGGGUUAUAAAAAAAUAUCAGAAACUUUGAACAUCCCACGGAGCACCAUUAAAUCCAUUAUUAAAAAAUUGAAAGAAUAUGGCACCACAACAAACCUGCCAAGAGAGGGUGGCCCACCAAAACUCACGGAUCAGGCAAGGAGGGCAUUAAUCAGAGGCAACAAAGAGACCAAAGAUAACCCUGAAGUAGCUGCAAAGCUCCACAGCAGAGAUUGGAGUAUCUGUCCAUAGGACCACUUUAAGCCGUACACUCCACAGAGCUGGGCUUUACGGAAGAGUGGCCAGAAAAAAGCCAUUGCUUAAAGAAAAAAAUUAACUAACACGUUUGGUGUUCGCCAAAAGGCAUGUGGGAGACUCCACAAACAUAUGGAAGAAGGUAUUCUGGUCAGCUUUUUUUGAGCUUUUUGGCCAUCAAGGAAAACGCUAUGUCUGGCGCAAACCCAACACCUCUCAUCACCCCAAGAGCACCAUCCAUGGUGGUGGCAGCAUCAUGCUGUGGGGAUGUUUUUCAUCGGCAGGGAAUGGGAAACUGGUCAGAAUUGAAGGAAUGAUGGAUGGCGCUAAAUACAGGGAAAUUCUUGAGGGAAACCUGUUUCAGUCUUCCAGAGAAUUGAGACUGGGACGGAGGUUCACCUUCCAGCAGGACAAUGACCCUAAGCAUACUGCUAAAGCUACACUCGAGUGGUUUAAGGGGAAACAUUUACAUGUCUUGGAAUGGCCUAGUCAAAGCCCAGACCUCAAUCCAAUUGACAAUCUGUGGUAUGACUUAAAGAUUGCUGUACACCAGUGGAACCCAUCCAACUUGAAGGAGCUGGAGCAGUUUUGCCUUGAAGAAUGGGCAAAUAUCCCAGUGGCUAGAUGUGCCAAGCUUAUAGAGACAUACCCCAAGAGACUUGCAGCUGUAAUUGCUGCAAAUGGUGGCUCUACAAAGUAUUGAGUAUCUUCAAAGUGGUAGGCAUGUUGUGUAAAUCAAAUGAUGCAAACCCCCAAAAAAGCCAUUUUAAUUCCAGGUUGUAAGGCAACAAAAUAGGAAAAAUGCCGAGGUGGGUGAAUACUUUCGAAAGCCAUUGUAUAUGCACUUUUUACUCCCAUACAUUUUCCCUGACAUCCGAAAGUACCUGUUACAUUUCGAAUGCUUAGGCAGGACAGCAGUAUGGUCCAAUUCAUGCACCUAUCAAUAUAUAUACGCAUUAUCACACCUACUGCUUCUGAUAUGGCGGACUUACUAAACACAAAUACUGUGUUUCUAAAUUAUGUCUGAGUGUUGGAGUGUGGCCCUGGCUGCCCGUAAAUUAAAAUUUGAUUUCUAGCAUUUACUUUUACUUUUACUCAUGUAUGACAAUUGAGUACUUUUCCCACCACUGUAUUUAAGUGUAUUUAAAACCAGAUACUUUUAGACGUUUACUGAAGUAGUAUUUUCCUAAGUGACUUUCACUUUAACUUGAGUCAUUUUCUAUUAAGGUAUCUUUACUUUUACUCAAGUAUGAAAAUUGAGUACCUUUUCCACUACUGCAGAUGUGAAUAUACUCUUAUAUCUUCAUAUCUUCACAUCUCCGCAUCUCCUUAUAUUUAAAAAAUGGAGUCAGUCAUUUUGAAUGACCUUUGCAGGAAUUGUGCUUUAGAAGUUGGAUUACCUACCUUGAAGCUACCUAACUUUUCAUAUUUCCACCUUUUCUUAUUACAGAUGAAAUAUUUAGCUGUGUUUGAUUCUGGUCCGCAGGUAUGGGAGGAGGUGUGAAGAGAGAGGAUGCAUCCCAAAUGGCACCCAACUCCCUAUGUAGUGGCACCCAACUCCCUAUAUUGUGCACUACUUUUGACAAGAGCCCUAUGGGCCCUGGUCAAAAGUAGUGCACGAUAUAGGGGAUAGGGUGCCAUUUGGGAAGCAACCUUGGUAGACAGAGUUUCUUAGCCAAGAUAAGUAAUAUCCUCUGAGAGGGAACGUAAUGCUUUUGAGAGCAAAUGCUAAAUCAGCACUUUGCUCUCCACUUCCUCAAGUCUAAGUGAUGUGUAAGUGCCCAAUCAGAUGUGAUUGAGCACCCAUGAGCAGCCAAUGAAGUGUGAUUGCGAACAAGAAACAAGCAAACAAGAAAAUGCUCAUCCAGAGGCGGCGCUCCAAGUGUCUGGUGAUUUUAUUGUAGAAAAACUGAAAUCAGUCUUGCCUAAUUUCUACCUGCAUGAUACGUGUGCCACUAGAGGCGAAAAAACUCAACAUCACCUUUACUCCACACACAGAAACUCAUACAAAGCUCUCCCUCGCCUUCCAUUUGGCAGAUCUGACCAUAACUCUAUCCUCCUGAUUCCUGCUUACAAGCAAAAACUCAAACAGGAAGUACCAAUGAAGCGGAUGCUAAACUACAGGACCAUUUCGCUAGCGCAGACUGAAUAUUUUCCGGGAUUCAUCCAAUGGCAUUGAGCAGUUAACCACAUCAGUCACCGGCUUCGUUAAGUGCAUCGACGACAUCGUCCCCACAGAAACAGUACGUACAUAUCCCAACCAGAAGCCAUGGAUUACAGGCAACAUCAGCACUGAGCUAAAGGCUAGAGCUGCCACUUUCAAAGAGCGGAACACUAAUCCGGACGCUUAUAAGAAAUCCCGCUACACCCUCCGAUGAACCAUCAAACAGGCAAAGCGUCAAUACAGGACUAAGAUCGAAUCCUACUACACUGGAUGUGGCAGGGCUUGCAAACUAUCACGGAUUACAAAGGGAAAACCAGCCGCGAGCUGCCCAGUGAUGCGAGCCUACCAGACCAGCUAAAUGCCUUCUAUACUCGCUUCAUGCCAAGUAACACUGAACCAUGCAUGAGAACACCAGCUGUUCCAAACGACUGUGUGGUCACGCUCUCCGUAACUGAUGUUAGACCUUUAAAUAGGUUAACAUUCACACUGCUGCAGGGCCAUACGGAUUUCCAGGACGUGUACACAGAGCAUGCACUGACCAGCUGGCAAGUGUCUUCACUGACAUUUUCAACCUCUCCCUGACCCAGUCUGUAAUAGCUACAUGUUUCAAGCAGACUACCAUAGUCGCUGUGCCCAAGAACGCCAAGGUAACCUGUCUAAAUGACUAUCGUCCUCUAACACUCACAUCUGUAGCCAUGAAAUGCUUUGAAAGGCUGGUCAUGGCUCACAUCAACACCAUCAUCCUAGACACCCUGGACCCACUCCAAUUUACAUUCUGCCCCAAUAGAUCCACAGAUUACGUAAUCUCUAUUGUGCUCCACACUGCCCUUUCCCACCUGGACAAGAGGAAUACCUAUGUGAGAGUGCUGUUCAUUGACUACUGCUCAGCGUUCAACACCAUAGUGCCCUCCAAGCUCAUCACUAAGCUAAGGACCCUGGGACUGAACACCUCCCUCUGCAACUGGAUCCUGGACUUCCUGACGGGCCACCUCCAGGUGGUGAGGGUAGGCAAUAACACAUCCGCCACGCUGACCCUCAACACGGGGGCCCGUCAGGGGUGUGUGCUUAGUCCCCUCUUGUACUCCCUGUUCACUUGGUACUGGUACCCCUUUCUUUCUGCAUUGUUGGGAAGGGCCUGUAAGUAAGCCUUUUACUGUUAAUCAUGUGACGAAUAACAUUUAAUUUGAUUUGAUUGAAUGUUUGCCUUGUGAGGAAUGAACUCCACAGGAUGUUGGUUUAGAGCAUUGGUUUAGAGCAUACAAGCGUUUCGCUACUCCCGCAAUAACAUCUGCUAAACAUGUGCAUGCGACCAAUAAAAAUGUAUUUGAUUUGAUUUAGAGGGAGGAGGAGGGAGGUGGCUUUUUUCUCUCUCUCUCCCUCCCUUCCUCACUCCUACUCUCACUCUUACUCUCACUCUCACUCUCACUCUCACUCUCACUCUCCCAUACUCUCUCUCUCCCUCAUCUAAAAAUGUUGAGUAUUAAUGUUGAGUAUUAAUCAACUAGCGAUCUGAGUUUUGUGAUUCAGGCUUCAUUGAACUGUGCAUCUAUUGUUUGUCAUGUAGAUGGCUUAUGCAAAUGAAGCCGGUGAAAUGAAACGCAGAUGUGGGCUCCAUUAAUAAACCCGAAGCGACCUGAAGUCCACCAGGCCUGUGUUCAGAGAGAGAGAGAGAGAGAGAGAGAGAGAGAGAGAGAGAGAGAGAGAGAGAGAGAGAGAGAGAGAGAGAGAGAGAGAGAGAGAGAGAGAGAGAGAGAGAGAGAGAGAGAGAGAGAGAGAGAGAGAGUGAGAGGGGGGGGAGAGAGAGAGAGAGAGAGAGAGAGAGUAAGCAUCAGCGGCCCUGGAAGCAGUCAGCAACAGAAGCAGUCAGCAACAGAAGCAUUCAGCAAGAGAAGCAGUUAGCAGGCCUCAUGUCCCGGAGCGGAACAAAAUAUGCCAGGCGGCACUCUGGGUUUUGGAGGCACCGAGACUGACACUGCCACACUACCACCACGGCACUGCCACCCUGUAAGGGAGUGUUUUGGGCUGGCUGUUUAUAUCGCUGACAGUUUUGUAUCCCAAAUGGCACCCUAUUUCCUAUGUAGUGCACUAUAGGGUUCCAUUUGGGACGCAACACAGGAAUCUGCAAACACUCUCGGGCCCGUUAUUGUUUUAUUGGCUCGGCUUCACAUUCUCAAGAGGAGCUGUAGACGUGGUACAUUUGUUUGCCAGCCACCCACUAAUUAUUUCCUCUCAGCUGUGUACGUGUGUGUGUGUGUACAUUUGUGUUUGUGUACGUGCGUGUGUGUGCCCUAUGGGCCCUGGUCAAAAGUAGUGCACUACAUAGGGAGUAGGGUACCAUUUGGGACACGACCCAGGAAUCUGCAAACACUCUCGGGGGUGUUACUGACAGUGGUGGAAAAAGUUCCCAAUUGUCAUACAUUUUACAUUUACAUUUUAGUCAUUUAGCAGACGCUCUUAUCCAGAGCGACUUACAGUUAGUGAAUACAUAUAUUUUUUUUUUAUACUGGCCCCCUGUAAAAGUGAAGAUAUCUUAAAAGAAAAAUACUACUUGAGUAAAAGUUUUAAAUAUACUUAAGUAUCAAAAGUAAAAGUGUAAAUCAUUUUAAAUUCCUUAUAUUAAGCAAACCAGACGGCACCAUUUUCUUGUUUAUAAUUUAUUGGGUAGCCAGGUGCACACUCCAACACUCAGACAUCAUUUAUAAUCAUUUAAAAAGUACAUUAUUUUCUUUAGGAUUUUAAUGGAGUAAAAGUAAAAGUUGUCAAAAAUAUAAAUAAUAAAGUUGAAGUACAGAUACCCCAAAAAACUACUUAAGUAGUACUUUAAAGUAAUUAUACUUAAGUAUUUUACACCACUGGUUAUUGAUUUAUUGCGAUGAUUCACACGGCUCAGCUUCACAUUCUCAAGAGGCGCAGUAGGACUUGUUCUUUGCCAGCCACCCACUAAUUAUUUCCCCUCAGCUGUGUACGUGUGUGUACAUGUGUGUUUGUGUACGUGCAUGUGUGCAUGUUCUUGUAUGUGUGAGUAAGUGUGCAUACAUGCGCGUUUUGAAUGUGUCUCUGCAAAACUCAGCUGUGAUGCCCUUUUACAAUAUCUCCUUCAAUGUAUCUCCAUAGCAACAGAUACAUGUAUAUAUUGUUUUGAUUCUUAUUUAAAUUUUUUCUCCUUAUAGCUGAAUGUGGAGGAAAGUUCACAGGCGAGUCGUCUGGACGCAUCCUGUCCCCUGGAUACCCGUUCCCUUACGACAACAACCUCCGUUGUACCUGGAUUAUCGAGGUGGACUCUGGCAACAUCGUUAGGUACUGAUCAAUUAGUAUUUAUCAAGUAUCCUCCUUUUCAAGUAUUCUCCUAUCAUGUCUCGUCUCUGUGCAUUUCAGCAGCCAAGCCAAGGCCAACUCUUGUAAUAUCUGUCUAACAAAAAUACAAGGCUACAGCUCUCUGUCUCAUACACACACACACACACACACACACGCGCGCACACACACACGCACACACACACUGAUAGUUGCUCAGGAUAAAGGUGUCUGCUAAAUUACUUUGAUGUAAAUGUGAAUCCACUUUCAUGGCUUUGAUAGAGCGAGCAUCCAGGUAAGAAGGCAGACAUUCUCCAGUGCACCAGUACCCUGUUUUACACUAUUAGAAACAAAAAACUAUGUUUUAAGUGAGAAGUAAGCAUUGAUCUAAAGCCGAAAAAUAAAUGAAAUGUACAUGAUCACCACAAUGUCACCCAUGCUCUACCAAGGUUUUCCAGCACACAGCUUUGACCUACUACAGUAGCUAUGUUGGUAUAUUGUACUUCAAACAAUGUGUAGGCAGGUUGCUUAGGAUUCAAACCUCAAACAGCCUAAUUCAUACUCUUAGAGAAGGUGCUCCCACAAUAUAAUAUGAUUUGUACUGCAUAAAAGGUAACGUAUUGCAUUCUUCCCACCCCACACUAAGACAUUAUCCCAUUCCACUACUUUUUCAAGCUUUGCUUUUAUACUUAUAAGACCAUCAGGCUUGAUUGAGUGAGCUGUUUUGUCUUGUAGUAAUAUAUGUGGUACCUGCCGGUUGUUCUUUGCCGUUUAAAUUGUAAUUUAUUUAAAUCUUUAUUUUAGCAAUAUAUGUCACUGAGAAAAAUAUAUAUUUCAUAAUCACAUUCUUUUUUGGUCAGUAGGUGUGCAACAUAACAGCAGGUGGUGGUGUGUUGGACACAGUCACUCAUAUAGACGGAGAGGUCUAUAGAAUCUGUCUGCAUUCCUGAUUUCUGUAACUAUUAGAUCAACUGUGUAACAUUGGCAUAAUGUCAAAACCACUUGUUUUGCAAACAUGGUCCUGUUUUAUCAAUUGCUGUGCUGACCCAUUCUUGUUCAUUACCUCUGUCAAAUUAAUGUGUAGCUGAAAGUUAUGUUUCUAUUUGUAUUUAUUUUUGCAGUAAAGAUGGUGACACACAUUUAGGCCUACAAUAGGCCUAUAUCUAAAACACAGGAGGUUGGUGGCACCUUAAUUGGGGAGAACAGGCUCGUGGUAAUGAGUGGAGCGGAGUAAAUGGAAUGGUAUCAAAUACGUCAAACACAUGGUUUCCAGGUGUUUGAUGCCAUUCCAUUUGCUAUGUUCCGGCCAUUAUUAUGUGCCAUUCUCACCUCAGCAGCCUCCUGUGAUCUAAAAAUACAUACAGCCUAAUGAUAGAGACACAUUAUUUGAAUAGCAGGACAGUGUAAAGUCCAUUAUCCCUCUGAAGAGUAUGAAUUCGGCUGUUUGAGAAGGUUUGAAUCCUAAGCAACCUGCCUACACAUUGUUUGAAGUACAAUAGACCAACAUAGCUACUGUAGUAGGUCAAAGCUGUGUGCUGAAAAAGCAUGGGUGAAGUAGGCAUUGUGGUGCUCAUGUGAAUUUCCUUUCUUUUCGGCUUUAGACCAAUGCCUACUUCUCACUUCAAAUAUACACAGGAAGGUGAUUAUAAUUCAACAUAACACAGCAGUAAAAGUAAAUUAGCCUAUCUCAGAGAUAAAAAGAGAGAGAGUGAAAGUCUGACAGGAGAUCCUCUCAGAGCAGAGACAAAGCCUUAUGUUCAAGCACACAGAAAUACAACAAGUAGAACAGAUUGGACUUGGUGCUUCAAUGGGAAUGUUGGCCAGAAAAACGAGAAACAUAAAUAGAAUUGUUUAUUGUCCUUGCAAAAGUCUAAAUUGUACAUUUUAAAGCUUCCCUGAAAUGGGAGCAAGAAAGGAAUCUGUGUAUGAUAUUUUUCAAUUGGAAUGCAGUUCUAUUCAUUCCACAGCUACAUUGAUUGUACAAAACAUUAGAAACACACUUUCCAUGACAUAGACUGACCAGGUGAAUCCAGGUGAAUCCAGGUGAAAGCUAUGAUCUCUUAUUGAUGUCACUUGUUAAAUCCACUUCAAUCAGAUGAAGGGGAGGAGACAGGUUCAAGAAGGAUUUUUAAGCCUUGAGACAAUUGAGACAUGGAUUGUGUAUGUGUGCCAUUCAGAGGGUGAAUGGACAAGACAGAAGAUUUAAGUGCCUUUGAACAGAGUAUGGUAGUAGGUACCAGGCGCACCGUUUUGAGUGUGUCAAGAACUGCAACGCUGCUAAACAGUUUCCCCUGUGUAUCAAGAAUGGUCCACAACCCAAAGGACAUCCAGCCAACUUGACACAACUGUGGAAAGAAUUGGAGUCAACAUGGGCCAGCAUCCCUGUGGAACACUUUCGACACCUUGUAGUGUCCAUGCCCCAACAAAUUGAGGCUGUUCUGAGGGCAAAAGUGGGUGCAACUCAAUAUUAGGAAGGUGUUCCUAAUGUUUUGAACACUCAGUGUUUACUACUACUACAGUUCGCUCCCUUUUUGUCGCGGGCUUCCAGGCAUUUACUCAUUCAUCAACAUGGACGUCGGCAUGAAGACUGUGUGGCUUGUUGGACAUUCGUGGAUCCACUGGUUGGAGAAGUGUGCCAGGAAAGUCGGGAAGCAUCACAACCUCUCCCUUGACUACUGUCACAUUACAUGGCUCGGAGAGCGAGGAAUGAAGUGGGGCAAACUGCUUCAUGUUCUGCGCCAGCAGAUGGCCUGUGCUGCUGCUCCCCCUGACAUCAUAGUCAUCCACCUUGGUAGAAACUAAUUGGGACACACAAAGGGGACAGCCCUUGUGUGUCAGAUGCAAACUGAUUUGGAGGUAGUCAUCCGAAUAUUCCCCGGGACAACGAUGUUCUACUCUGACAUAGCGCGGAGUUGGAUGUUCCAAUGGUAGGAGGACAUCAACAAGCGCAUAAAGAUGGCCCAGUGCUCUGUCACCCAGCUGAUUUUUUUAUUUCUCCGUGGCAGGCGCAUCCUCACAAUCCGCCACUCUGCCAUAAAGCACUGUGUCCCUGUGCAGUACUGUAGGGAUGGCGUGCAUCUCACAGAUGAGGGCAAUGUCCUCUUCCUUGAGAGUCUGAGUGCUGGUCUCUCCUCCGUUCUAGCAAGUUGCACACAGUAGUACACACCACCACACUCACUGCCACUUGCCUGCCUCUCCACGAACCCAAAGGCUCUUUUAAUACAUAAAAAUGUGUGUGUGUGUGUGUCGGGAGGAGGCUGUCAAAACUAUCAACUAAAUAAUGGUCAAAAUGUAUCCUCCGGGGGGCCAACCCACAAUCUUCAGAUCCACAGGCAGUAACUCUAACCACUACCCUAUGAAUCCUUUUCUUAAAACAUUGACUAUGACAGACCAUUUAAAUGGACAGUCUGGAAGCGUUUGUUCCAAAAUGAUUUUGUUCAUUCACUCAGUACUGAUUGAAUGUUUAUUUAUCUUGCUUGGUUCAAAUACAAUAGUCUAAAACAGUUGAUUUGUUGAAAACAGACUCAUUUAAUCAUGUAGCUAACCAAGUUAGCAAGCAUGUCAUUUUCUUUUGACUGCGCACAGCAGGUCGCACAACUUAAGCAAGCAGAGAGGGGGUUCGAUUAAUCUACCCCGGGGUACACCGGGUUAUGGCCCGUCAAGUCAUCGGGCGAAAGCGAGGAGGAAAGGCAGAUCGUGUUUUUAUCAAAAGCAAUCACUGUUGCAUGUGAAAACACAGAAUCCUACUCAUUACUACACGUGCUUAAUUACCUCACUUUUGUUUUGCGCCGACUUCGCCGUCAGACAGAGCGGGAUACCUACCUAGCUAAUCAAAAUAUCUGUUUGCAUUUAUUGAUUAACCUCAGCUUGAAAACCACCAUAUAGCUAAUUAUCUACAGUAGCCUAGGUUUGUUCACAUAGACUUCUUAUGACUAGCAUUAUGGUGCAAGCAGCUGUGUUGUUGCGGAGCAACUGACCCUGUGUUAGAACUCUGAGCUUCAGCUAAAAAUGAUGUUCCCAUCGUCAGAAAUGCUGCAAAAAGUUAGCACAUUGUUGGUUCUUAAUGGGCCGAAAUGAGCACUUGAGAGCAAUAAAUUAUAAAUGUAAUCAAAACUGUUGCCCCUACAAACGUAUUAAUUCCAAAAGGUGGCAAGUCUAAUGGCCACUUUAUGGACACUAGUGUCUCGUUCUUAUCUGACGCCUAGAUAUUGAGCUAGGUCUGGGCAAAAUCUUUCAUUUUUUUCUAAAACUAAUGGACGGCUCAUGACGAGAGGCGGGGAUUGUGUUUGUACCUCCAAUCAAGUUGAUUUGCCAAGUUUAAUCGACAUUGGUGUCAUAUUGGCUUAGAUAUGAUGGUGAAUUUAACAAUGAACUUUAAUCGAUCCCUACUAUAGUGACCGGCGCGACUAUAAUAGUGACGAUCUGAGCGGCCAUUCCAGCACGGAUACAGGAGUACAGGGGUACAGGAGAGGCGGUCGAUGUCCCUCUGUCCUCUCUCCUGUCUAGUCUACAGAUGCCAGGUCCCUCUUUGUUUUCUGCUUGUCCUGCACAUCUACGACCACAGGUCUGGACAGACUAAUGAGACUCAAAUGCUCAAUCAUAGACUCAAUUAUUAGUGUUCCAUGGAGCCGGAAUGGUGUAACCUUGGAGGCAAACAAUUUGUUCUGUUCCAACUCCCAGUGGCACACCUCGUUUGAAAUCAUAUUUUUAUUCAUGACUUUCUUUAUUUUCUUCCACUGGUGUCUUGAUCGGCACUGUCUGCUGAAUGAUGAUGUGAAAGGAGUGUUAUGACCACGUGCACCAAUUACCUGCCAGGUUUUCUGACUUAUAGCUCGUUGCUCGUAGCUUGAUGUCUCUACGACAUCAUUAUGCCUAGAUAGACACCUCAGUUUUGCAUCACAACAGCACUUUUCCAUGAACAAAAAAAGGAAGUUGGGCUUUCAGCUGAGUGCUUGCAUUUUCUUAAAAAGGAAUAUCAUAAAACCAUGGAAGAAGUAUACACAAACCCUCAGAUUUAGAACAUACGGUAUUGCUAUCAAUGCAGAACAAACUGUGUUUGUAUGAGGAAACAGUUGUGUUGGUGUAACACAUUCAGUGAUUUGACUUGAUUUAAACCCUUUUUGUCCAUGAGGAGCAAAGGUCAUCCACAAAUUAUCUCCACGCACUGUGUUUUGGCAAAUUUCUCAAGUUCUUUCCAUGAGUAUUGCAAUUGUAACAUCUCUGUUAUUACUCUGUUAUUCUAUGAUUUAUUGCAAGUAAUUUACUGCAGCCUAGGGUUGCAGUACUUUCCAAAAAUUGGUAGGUUUUCCAGAAAUCCUGGAUGGAGGAUUCCAGAUUUACUGCUUAUUCCCUCCUGACUCCAGGAAUUUUCCAACUGGGAUCUCUGGAAAACCUAGGAUUUUAUGGAAAGUUACAGGAAGUUUGCAACCCUGCUGUAGCCUACAUGACAAUUUUCCUCCUCCUAAUUUCUCAGCCUGCAGUUCCUGGCCUUCGACACAGAGGCAUCCCAUGACAUCCUCAAGGUGUGGGAUGGCCCUCCUGAGAAUGAGAUGUCCCUGAGGGAGGUGUCUGGCUCUCUGCUCCCUGAGGGGAUCCACAGCACCCUCAACCUGGUCACUAUCCAGUUUGAGACUGACUUCUACAUCAGCAAGUCUGGCUUCGCUAUCGAAUUCUCAAGUGAGUAGUCUGUUUGUGAAAAGUCUUUGAAGUUUGUAUCUUCAAAAGCAAUUAACUCUCAGUUUUAGAUUCAUAAAGUCUAACACGAAAGAGUGUACAGUGGGUUAUUGUGUGAGUGUUUUUUUUAGGCUACUGUUUGCAAAACUCUUUGAAGUUUAUAGCUUCAAAAGUGAUGUUCUUCUCUGUGUCAGUUUUACUGUGUCAGUUUCAGUCCAUGAGUUAGAUUGUACAUGUUUGGGUUACCCGCUAAAAAUGUGGUAUUGUAUGUGUUUGACUCUGUGAUGGAAAACGUCACUCAUUGUAUUAUCUGGGGACUUUAUUUAACUCGACACUUAAAAACAGACAUACAAACUGUUUAGCUGUUAUAUAUGACACACUAUCAACCUACUGUUAACAUAACACCUGUCUGCAUAGACUCACUUGAUUCCCUCCCUGCGUUGUGACCGGCAGGUUCGGUGGCCACAGCCUGCAGAGACCCAGGUGUACCCAUGAACGGCAGUCGUAACGGGGACGGGCGAGAGCCAGGUGACACUGUCACCAUUCUCUGUGAUCCCGGGUAUGAGCUCCAGGGAGAGAUGAAGAUUACCUGUAUCCAGGUGGAGAACCGUUACUACUGGCAACCCAGCCCUCCUGUCUGCAUAGGUGAGUGCUUUAAUUACAGAUAGGAUUAGGAGUUUUUCCUGAGCACAUCACCUGACCAGGAAAGGACCCUUGGCUCUAGUUAUAGCUUUGUAUUGAGGUGGUAGUAACAGGUGGAGCCUGGGGUUUGUAUUGAGGUGAGUAGUAGCAGGUGGAGCCUGGGGUUUGUAUUGAGGUGGUAGUAACAGGUGGAGCCUGGGGUUUGUAUUGAGGUGGUAGUAACAGGUGGAGCCUUGGGUUUGUAUUGAGGUGAGUAGUAGCAGGUGGAGCCUGGGGUUUGUAUUGAGGUGGUAGUAACAGGUGGAGCCUGGGGUUUGUAUUGAGGUGGUAGUAACAGGUGGAGCCUGGGGUUUGUAUUGAGGUGGUAGUAACAGGUGGAGCCUGGGGUUUGUAUUGAGGUGGUAGAAGCAGGUGGAGCCUGGGGUUUGUAUUGAGGUGGUAGUAACAGGUGGAGCCUGGGGUUUGUAUUGAGGUGGUAGUAACAGGUGGAGCCUUGGGUUUGUAUUGAGGUGAGUAGUAGCAGGUGGAGCCUGGGGUUUGUAUUGAGGUGGUAGUAACAGGUGGAGCCUGGGGUUUGUAUUGAGGUGGUAGUAACAGGUGGAGCCUGGGGUUUGUAUUGAGGUGGUAGUAACAGGUGGAGCCUGGGAUUUGUAUUGAGGUGGUAGUAACAGGUGGAGCCUGGAUAUUCCACUGACCACUGUGUGUGAGCUGAGCAGGGAAAAACUCUUGGCUGUCAUUAUGGCCUUCUGUUGAGGUGAGUGCUUAUAGGUACAUCCAGAAGUUUUCCCCUCUCUAACCUAACUUCCUCUCAGUAGUUGAGUCCCAUCUAAAGGAGCUGUAACAAGAAAAGAGCUUUGGGACAACUAUCACAUAGCAGCCCAUUGGUGUUGCAGAGAGACUUAGAUCUGUCAACCCAGCCCAGGCUCCUAGCCUGCUAAUUAACAUAUUGUAUCCCUGAGUGUUGCCAGAACCUAGCGCCAAGCAGCACUUGAGCUCUAAAGCCAAUGAGAUGACUGACUGUCAUUGCUCUCCAACAAUUUUGAACAAGGCAAGCCAUUAAUGAAUAUAAAAUUAUUGGACACAGAGCUGAAGAUCCCUCUCACUUUUCAGAGAUGUCAUACUUAUAAGACGUACCUUGACAAAACCUCAAGGAUUUUUGUGGCUUAUAACGUCUGUGUGGAGAAUUUGAUAUCUCAAAACUCAAUGCAUCAGUUACCGUUAUGGUUGCAAAAUCCCCAGGUUUUCCAGAAAUCCUGGUUGGAAAUUUCCAAAUUUCCUGCAUAUUCCCUGCUGAUUCCAGGAGUCCAGGAGACCAUUAAAUGUCCACAGAAUAGCAUGCAGUUUUCUGACUACAGUAUAACAGAGACAGUUCAUGGAAAGAGUGUCAGAGUUAGUAUAUAUUUAAUAUGCUCACUUCUUCUCUUUCAGCCCCUUGUGGAGGAAACUUGACUGGAUCCAACGGCUUCAUCCUGUCUCCCAACUUCCCCCAUCCUUACCCCCACAGCAAGGAUUGUGAUUGGCUAAUAGCUGUCAACUCGGACUACGUCCUAUCGCUGGCCUUCAUCAGGUAACAUGGCAGCCUAUUAGGCGCUAAUAGGUGCUAGUUUUCUCCAAAGUGAUUAAGGCCUACUCUCCCUAUCAGUUCCACUGAAUGCACACAUGCACGCAAGGUGGACAUUAAUGGGAAUUUUGUCACAAUCACAUUGAGGGGUGUGAGGUGAAUAUACAACGGUCUCUGCUAACUGCUAUCACUGUUAUAUUAAGAUGCAAUUCAUGUCUUCAGCGGGUAAUUAGCUUCCCUAGCUGGAUUUCCUUGCUUUGUCAGUAAUGAACCCAAGUUGACCUUUCUCAGCUUCCCACUUUUAAGGUGCUUUAUCAAGACAUCCUGGCCCUCGUUGACUGAUGCAGCCAAUUAAUAGAAGAAAAGGGGAAGAACUUAAUGUGCUUCACACCUAAAUAGUACCGUUAAUUGCGUCCAUUUUUCAUUCAACCUUUGGUGGCGGCGAGGCUUGAGCAGACGCAGGGGCCGUCCAUGACAGACAGGGGCUAAAGGUCAAAACGGGGUAAAGUUUGACUGCCGAUAGGCUACACAGAGUGGUGUAUAGCUGACAGACAUUACCGCUGCUGCCACCCUCUAAGUUAAACCUCUAACUUAAAGCUGUGAGAUGAGGCCUCCCCCUGCCUUUCCCCUACCAUCAGCUAGCUCCUCCUGCUCCUGGCUGCAUCAAAGGGUGAUGUACGUACCUGUCCGUUGGCAGCCCGCCCUGUGCCAGACAUGAGGCUGUGGAAUCCUAAUCAGGAAGCUGUGUGUGUGUGUGUGUGUGUGUGUGUGUGUGUGUGUGUGUGUGUGAGAGAGAGAGAGAGAUUGUGAACAAAAUAAAUAAAGGGAGAGAGAGAGAGAGAGAGAUUGUGAAUGAAAGAAAGAAAGGGAGAGAGAAAUUGUGAACGAAAGAAAGAAAGGGAGGGGGGAGGUGAGUUAACGGUACCAUCUCUGCUGGUGCUCAGGGUGUGAAUUCCAAGGUCUACUGUACGUGGCGGCUUUCCCGAAGAGAUCUAUCGAUAGAUAGUAAUAGACUAUAUCAGAGAUCUACUCAGAUCUAAAUAUCGAGACUGCACUAUCAGACGAGCGAGAGAGAAAGAGAUAUAGAUCUCUCUCUCCUCCAGCCGAGAGAGAGAAGAGAGAGAUUCAAUCUCCUAUCUUUAUAUAUAGACCUCUAGCGUCUCUAGACUCCUCUCCUCUCAGCAUAUAUAUAUCCAACUCUCUCUCUACUCUCGUCAUAUCUCCCCUUCUCUCUUUUCCCUUCAUUGGUACCAUUGUAGGCGGUGACAUUGAGAUAAUGAAGCAGAAUAUUGAGCUCCAGAACAUGGAAGAUGAUGCUUGUAUCCACACACGCACUCUCUCAUCUCUUGUUCUCUCUCCCUCUUCCUCAGGUCUCUCUCACUCUCUCUCAACGUAUCAAGUCUAUCUCUAUCUCCAUACUCCGGUAUCCCAUCUCAACUCUCCCUCGCACACUCUAACCCCAUCCCACUCUCUUCCCUCGCCCUCUCCCCUCUCUUCCCUCUCCCUCUCCCUCCCCCCUUCACUCUCCCUCCCUCUCCUAAUUUUUCCAGGCCUCUCCAUAAUGAAUAUGUAUGCCUCACGACCAGGGACAUCCUUUUACUUAACAUCACGCUGUAGUAGACAAAGUAGCUGUUUCCAACCUGUUUGUCACAAUCAAAAUGGUACUGUCUGAUAAUGUAUAGUAUAUUGUUGUAUUCAUUAGCCUUGGUAUUAGAAGAGUCAUGUUUUAUAUUCGAGCUGAAAGCAAGCCACUGCAGUGAUGAUGGCGCAGCAGUUUUCAAGCGACCAGUAUCAGGCAGCCAUUUUGGUUCCACCAGUUAGACAGUUUCAUCUGGUGUGUAAUGUGAGCUUUGCUCUCUUCUCAUUUGAAUGGUCCUAUCCCCCAAAACAAUGGAGUAAAUAACACAGUACAGUGGAAAAGUGGCUAUUGACAGUGGUACAGGCCCUCAAGCAGGGUUCUCUAAUGAAAAGCCUUUUGUUCCGUUCCGUCUCACAGACGACCAUUACUAACACUAUUCUCCCCCCAAAAAGACAACCACAUGAAAUAUGUUCCCAAUGAAAAUAGAGAAAAUGAAUAAUAAUAUAUUGUAAAAAAGUGACCCAGCACCGAGCCCUUGGGGACACCCUUUGUAACUGCAGCAGAGUAAUAUUAUAUAGUAAAAAGUGACCCAUUGCAUUGGCAAGGUGGCAAAUUUAGAUUUCAUUGUCAUUGUCACCAAAUUGGGUAUUAUCUUUGCCGCAUAUUCAUUAGCUACCAAGAUAAUUGGUUGAGUGACAGCUCCAGAGGCUAAGCUAAAAAACGAUCUGAACAGAUCUGGUUAUCAACAUUUAAUUACUUUAUUAAUAUGGUAUAGAGCUGGAGUUUUUGUCUCCAUGUUUGGAUUUCUAUUAUCUUACAAUGAGCCCUUAGCUUUAGAUACAGGCUCAUUGAAGUGUGGCAAUAUCACUUAGCAUACUCUUUCAGAAAUAUUAAAAAAGAAAAAACACCUCCAAAUCUCUCUUAUGUAAAUGAACUUCCCUGAUACAGAAACUGCACACACACACACACACACACACACACACACACACACACACACACACACACACACACACACACACAUACACACCCACAAACACACCCACACGCACACGCACACACUCAUUCUCGGAAAUGCAGAGCAUGGGAGAGAAGCUGUUGGUGGACGACCUUUUGUGAUGAGGUUGCAGCUCAACAGGAUAAGUGCCUCAUCUUUGACUAUACCAAAGCAAUUACACUCCCCGGGUAUUUAUAGAUGCUAGCGUCCUUAGCGUUAGCGUUUUCCCACAGCAGAGAUAAGGGAAAUUAAUGGAGCGCUAGCAACCGCUAACUGAAAAAAAGGGGGAUAUCAUCAUGUUGUCUGGCUCCCCAGCUGAGACCCAUAGAGAGGAGAGGUUACGGAUGAUCUGAGGAAUCUAUUCAUUAGCGUCUGUGGCAUUGGGUAGACACAGGCAUCUGAGGCAUCUGCCACUGUGUGUCAACGUGUGAAUAGUGGGGCCUUUUGAGUGUUGUUGCUAACCUCCCACCUCGACCGCCCACACGAGGCCAUGAAAGCAGACAGUCGUUUCUAGUGUGUCAUCUCUGCCUAUUACUGUAUACAGAUGUAUUGAAACCCAAACAAGUUCAGCAGAAAGAGAGAGAGAUCAUUUUUCUAACACGCUCCUCUAGAUAUGGUAUGGUGGGGGAAUUGAAUGGAGUCUUUCAUCUAAUUUGUCUCUUUCUUUCUCUCUCUUUCUCUCUCUUUCUCUCUCUCUCUCUAUCUCUCUCUCUCUCUCUCUCUCUCUCUCUCUCGCUCUCUCUCUCUCUCUCUCUCUCUCUCUCUCUCUCUCUCUCUCUCUCUCUCUCUCUCUCUCUCUCUCUCUCUCUCUCUCUCUCUCUCUCUCUCUCUCUCUCUCUCUCUCUCUCUCUCUCUCUCUCUCUCUCUCUCUAUCCCUCCCUCUAGUUUCAGCAUUGAGCCCAACUAUGACUUCCUGUAUAUCUAUGAUGGCCCGGACAGCAACAGCCCUCUGAUUGGUAGCUUUCAGGACAGCAAGCUUCCGGAGAGGAUCGAGAGCAGCUCCAACACCAUGCACCUGGCCUUCCGCAGCGACGGCUCUGUCAGCUACACCGGUUUCCACCUAGAAUACAAAGGUAGUAGGACAGCGGGAAGGAAGUUUCUCAUAGAUUCCUACUAGAUUUAGGUUUUCUUUUAGAGGGAGGUUUCUGCUUAGCUGUAUAAUGUGGUUCCUAUACCAAAGUCAGAAAUGUGCAUUGUUUCCUUUCAUUUUUUUGUACGCGCAGAAUGUUUAAUGAGAAUCCAAAUGCUUUCUGUCCACAGUAUUCUGUAAGUAGGGGUGGAUCCAAUGUUUUAGCAUUUGAAUAAUGAGUUAAACUCUCCUCUACAUCUUUCAACAUGAAACUCCCUCACUGCCUGUGUUACCUGUUUGCAUCUCCUGUUCACACUAUUGUUAAAGGUUAUUUGUGAUAUACAGUAUAUACUGUAUGUGUCUAUAUAUAUAUAUCUUUCCCCUCUUUAGCCAAGCUGCGUGAGUCGUGCUUUGAUCCAGGCAGUGUGAUGAAUGGGACCAGGCUGGGCAGCGACUACAAGCUGGGUUCCACCGUGACGUUUUACUGCGAGUCGGGCUACGUUCUCCAGGGCUACUCCACGCUCACCUGCAUCAUGGGGGACGACGGCAGGCCCGGCUGGAACAGGGUGCUGCCCAGCUGUCAAGGUACAUACCUACCUGUUGAAGCUAGAGAAAAGCCAUUAGAUAUGGUCAUAGCAGUGUACUAACGUAAAGAAAUCUGUUAGGAUGUAUACUGAACUGGAAGAAAAAUCCAAUAAAACUAUUUGUGGGGGAAAAUAAGGGGAAAAAAGGAUUGACCAAAGGUUGUAGUAGCCACUGUAAAACAAUCAAUAUGACUUACAGCACACAUGUAAGCACACGGAAGAUAACCAUAAGACUAGACCGCUAAGCUGUUUGUGUGUUCCAUCCUGGUCGUUUCUGGACAGACGUCGUCUGGUCAAUGUAUUGACUAAAUGUGAGCUAGAUGCUCCUUCAGAGGAUACAGUAGAUGUUGAGCGGUGCUCUGUGUGUCUGUUUGUGUUCCCCAGCACCGUGUGGGAGUCGUUCCACAGGCUCAGACGGCACG